AUGUCAAACCGAUCUCAACCUGUUGAUUCAUCAACCCAAGAAUCGGAAUCACACAAAAAACACAAACCAAACUCUCUCACUAUUCAUCACCUAACACAAGAUGAAAUGAGUAUUGUUUUAAACUUCCUUCACAAGGGUGAAAUUUUAAUUCUGGCCACUCUGUGUAAACAACUUUACUCCACUAUUUACAAUCUAGUGGAGAGUAUCAUUCAUCCGAGAGAAUUUAAUGUUGAAAAUUGGAGUUCCAGAUCGUUGGAAAGCAUGCUCUCCCACUACUCUUGGUUAGAUGUUGGGAAGAAGACGAUCAGGAAAGAAAUUGAAGAAAUGGCUAAUAGAGGAGGAAUUGAACGAUUGGCUAAAGUUUUUUACGCAGAAUUUGAAGAUGCUGAUGAUGUUUUCAGCAUUCCAUUGAGAAAAGAGGAUAAAUAUUCAAAAAUCUCACAACAAUGGAUCAAACUUAGUAACAAAUAUCAAGAUACAAGAAAUACUGUUGAAGAGACUGUGGUCGAUCAAGUACCUGUUGGAUUUCAAGUUAGGAAACUUUGUUUAGUCUCCAACAAUCCCUUCAAAACUUUGAACUAUUUGCAAAAUAUUGAAGAAUUACUCUUACAUCGUCGUCAUGUGGGUAAUGUGGAACCUCUCAGUGAUGGAUUCAGAGCAAUCAUGUUAAACAAGUUGAGAAUACUUCGUAUUGAUUUGUCUGAUUGUGAGGAUUAUAUGAAAGCUUACAUUUCUGGUUUAUUGCAAUUGAGCCCAAACUUGGAAAGACUUGAAAGUACGAGUUGCUUAUUACAGUGGGAUGACGAAUUAAUUGUAUUUAUAUCAGAAAUGUGCAAAAAAUUGAAAAAAAUCAAAUUGAAGGGAAAUUCAAAUAUAUCUGAUGAUUCACUUUAUAAGGUUUUUAAAAAUCUUCCUCACUUGACUCAUUUUGAAAUUGAAAAUAAUGCAGUAUUUACUGGAAAGUUUUUGAGUAAGAUUGGAGAGUUUCCACAGUUGAAAUUUUUCAAAGUGGACAGAAGAGGUGAUGAUUUGGUUGAAAGUUGUGCAGACCUACAUUUAGGGGGUGGUAUUCUUCCUAAUUUAGAAUUUUUGGAACUGGGUAUUGAGUAUGAUAGUAUCUAUGAGAAUGAACAUUUAUUUAUUGAAAGUUUAAAGUUGGUAACACCCAAUCUUAAAUGUGCUGGUUCUAUGAUUAAUAUCUAUGAAGGUUAUGUCUGCAGGUAUGCUCUAAAAACUCUCGAAUUAUUCGUGAAUACCCUUGAAAGUUUUACACUUAGUACUAUUAGCGCAUUAUGUAAUCCCAUUAUUGCUGCCAAGUUUUUCAAGUUGUUACCAAAUGUCAAAACUUUUAAGGUAGAAGGUGUCUUGACGCUCGAUGUUUUAAAAGAAUUGGAAAUUCAUUCUAAAGUAGAAAAAUUGACAUUGGAAACAACAGUAUUGAGCCUUGAGUAUUUACUUAAACUCUCAAAAGUGUUUCCAAAUCUUAAAAUAUUGAAAUUCAAAGAGAAUGUUUCAUCAUCCUAUGAUACACAAACAGCAGAUGUACUGAAUGUUUUGAAAGUUAUAAAUGAUGGACAUUUCCAGCAUUUGGAAAUGAUAAGCAUUUAUGGAAUGCAAUUUCUUGGAAAUGAUAAGCAUUUAUGGAAUGCAAUUUCUCGAUGA